CACAGCGCGACGUCAUUUUUUUUCGAGGCUCCCAUACGCGACACAGAGAGUCUCCGAGCACCACUGCUCAUAGGAUCAGACGCACACAUUGCCAAACUUGUUUACGAAAACUGCUCAGCUUCGCUGCACGAUGGUGCUCUUUUUAAGGCGUUUGACUGCGAGCAUCGCAAGCCAGGCCGCGAGGCUGCCGCGGCUCGGAUUGAGGCGAAGCAGCAACGCCACGGCCUACGAGACGCGCGCCCAGCCGGCGCCCGGCGUGCCCUUCCACGUGGCCAUUCCUGUGCACAACAUCGACGUCGCCAAGCAGUUCUACGGCGAGACGCUCGGUUUGGAAGAGGGCCGGUCCUCCACAAAGUGGCAGGACUACGCGAUGCACGGCCACCAGGUUGUGGUUCAUUGGGUCGGCGAGGAGUACCGCGCCCAGGACUACGUGAACCCCGUCGACGGCGACGAGGUGCCCGUGCCGCACUUUGGGCUGCAGAUGCCGACCUAUGAAUUGUGGAAGGACGUCGUCGAUAGGGUGAAGGCUGCGGGCAUUCCUUUUAUUAUUGAACCGACUUUGCGCUUCGAGGGCGCGCCGGGCGAGCAGUGGACGUGCUUCUUCAAGGACCCCUCGGGCAACAAUUUGGAGUUCAAGCACAUGUCGAAGCCCCAGAAUUUAUUCGCGAAGUACAACGUGGCGGAGGGGUAAG